AAUCCAUCUAAGGGGAUGACGAGUAGCGAUCCUGAUUCGAGACUUGAGCGCGUCAUACAGAAACUCGAAGAUACAGUAUUAAGAGAAACCGACCAGCCAUUAUUAAAGGGAGGCGACGACAGACCCACGAAAGCUCCGGCAAAGAUUCGUGAAAUUAUUACUAAAAAUUUAUCUGCUGAGGACGUAAAUUCAGCAAAUAGCGAGGGAAAGAAAAUGGCAAGUUCUGACCACCUACAAGAGGAAAAUGAAAUGCUUCAAAGAGAAUUAGGAAGGGUCGAAGACCUCUUGUCUGCAACGAGGGCAGAAAGAGACGAAAUCGGCAUAAAGUAUAAUGCUUUGAGUGAGAGGCUCGAGUCAAUGUUGGGAAUGCAGUCGGUAGGAUACGACGACGACCCUUCUUCUAAAUCACUCUUCCAACAAAACGUCGAACUUCGAAGACGUUUGGAAGAUGAUCAUAGUGGCUAUAAACGCAAAUUACAAGCUUAUCAAGAUGGUCAACAAAAACAAGGUCAACUAGUACAAAAAUUACAAGCUAAGGUCUUGCAAUACAAGAGAAAAUGUGGAGAACUUGAUGAGCGCAUAAGAGCUAUGGAAAGUGAGAAAAGGCAGCAAAGACAAGUUCCAAGUUAUGAUAUUUCAAACGGGGAGCUUGAAAGUGCUCUCAUCAGAGUUGAAGAGGAACAGCAAAAGAAUGCAAGUCUUUCGCACGUAAAUUCAAUGUUAAGAGAACAGCUGGACCAAGCAACAGCCGCCAAUCAGACGCUCACGCAAGACAUUCACAAAUUAACCACUGACUGGCAAAGAGCCCGAGAGGAAUUAGAGGCCAGAGAAGCCGAAUGGAGGGAUGAAGAACAGUCUUUCAACGAGUAUUUCUCCGCUGAACAUUCUAGACUCUUACAGCUAUGGAGAGCCGUCGUCGCUUUCAGACGCCAAUUCGCAGACAUGAAAAACGCUACUGAUCGAGAUCUGUCUCAUAUUCGGUCUGAUUUGAACAGGGCUACUAGAUCUAUGCAUUCGGCUGCUUUGAAUUUGUCGGCUAAUAUGAGAAACGCCGAUACUCAAACACAACUGGAAUUGGAUAGAGAACGGGGUGAAAAAUCUAAUCUCGACAGAGAAAUUCGAGAAAGGAUGAGAGAAAACAGUGACCUUCAGGCGCGUUUUGACGCGCAGAGCGCCGAUUUGAAUGCUAGAUUGAACGAAUUAGGUGUGAUUAACGAUCGAUUGAAGAGUCAAUUGGCCGAAAAGGAUAAGACGAUCAGUACACUGCAGAGAACGAUCAAUAAAUUGGAGGGUUCGAGAAUCGAGGGGCCAAUCACCAGAGAAACUUCUGCUCCCCUUCAAUCUUCUGGUCUAGAAACCGAUACGGAGAUUAUGCACGACGCGUUAAGAAAGAUUGCCGAAAAGGUAAUCGACGAUGCUGACCAAUCUAUGCAAGAUGAUUUCGACCCAGAUCUUUCGACCAGUGUUAUGCGACCACGUUCCACCAGUCCACGAAGGGGUACUGGAAGGUCAGCUAGAGGACGGUCACCGGGAACUCGAAGUCUUUCACCAUCUAGAGCGCCAUCUUUUGCUGAUUCAACUUUCAAUGCAGUUCAGGCAGCUUUGAACAAGCGACAAUUACAAGUUAGUGAAUUGAGAGCCAAAUUAUCUACGGCUAAAGAUCGUGUAGAUGGGUCCAGAAAAGACUUGGAAAAUUCUGAGAUAGAGAGAAGGAAGUUGGAACAGAACGUCAUGAGCCUCAAAGAUGAGCGUGACUAUAUUUUGAGAGAUAAGAACGAAAUAAAUAGAGCCAAUGAACAACUCAAAUCGGCUUUGAACUCCGUAACUUCUGAGAGAGAACAGCUGGAAAGAAUUAGAACUUCCCAGAAUGAACAAAUUGAGAGCCUAACUGAAGAUUUACACGGCCUUCAAACGAAUAUUGCCGAAUUGCAUAGACAAAAGGAUAUUCUUGAGGAAGAACGUGAUGAUAUAUCUAAAGAUAAAGACAGACAAGUUAGAGAGAACGAAAGGUGCCAUAAACUGCUUGAAGCAGCCGAAAAUAAGAUGAGUAGACUCAAGGAGGAUCUUGUGAUGACAAAGGAUCUCCUACAAAAGGUUACGCUUGACAAAGAAGUGCUUGACGGAGAGAAGAGUGAAAUAGCUGAAGCACUUUCUCGAGCUGAAUUGGAGAAAGCUGAUCUUGAAUUAGAAUUGAACAAAGUGAAAGCCGAGGAAGCUUCACUUAAAGAUGCUCUUUCGAAACUGCAAAAUUUGAAUGAAGGUCUAGCACAGGAUAAGAUCGACUUGAACAAAAUGAUUAUGCAUUUGGAGUCAGAUAAAAACUCCUUACUUGGUCAAAAGAAAGCUGUUGAACAAGAAAAAUGCGGUCUACAAGAAGAGUUACUUAAAGUUGAACAAGAAAAGAUGGAUUUGGACGCUGAAAAGGCUGGUCUUAACCAGAAUUUGGAUUUGACCGAGCAAAUGAAGAGUAGGUUGGAAGAUGAUAUAGCAGCAAUUAAUCGCGAAAGAGCAGACCUUACCGAGCAGUUUGGAACGGUCAGCAGACAAAAGAAUGCUCUCGCUGAAGAAUUGAUAAACUCCAGAAAGGAGUUGGAAAGAUUAAGCGAAACUAUUGUAAGGAUGGCUAAAGAGAAAGAAGAUUUGACACACGACAAAGCCGAAUUAGCCGUUCAAUUGACAUCUUCUGAAAGAGAAGUUAGAACUCUUUCUGAAAAUGUUGCUGCUUUCCGACAAGAUAAGGAUGCUUUGGAAACUACAUUAUAUGAAGUUCAAGAGGCAAACAGAGGAUUGGAUAGCAGACGCGAACAGUUGGAGCUUGAGAAUCAAGAGCUGAUGCUUAAACGUGAUAAUUUGUCUGGCGAAGUUGCAAGAAUAAGGCAGGAGAUGGCUACUGAAAUCGAACGGCUAGAAAGAGCUCGUGAUGCUGUAUCGAAUAAACUUCAACAAGUUGAGAAGGAUCUUCAAUUAUCUUUAAAACAUGAGCAACAAACUCAUGAAGAGGAUGUUGAACGUUUAACGAAACUUUUAGAAAGCAAUCGAAACGAAUCAGCAGCUCAAAGAGAGCAAGCAAUUAGAGCAUUCAAUCGUGAAAAAGAAGAUAUUCUUAAUGCAACUGAAAAUGAAAAAGAAAUGUUGGAAAAUGAAUUGAUUGCAGUCCAAAAGGAACGUGACGAAAGUCUCUUGUUAGCUGAAAACGAUAAACAACAGGCUUUAUCAAUGGCUGAACAAGAACGCUGUGCUCUGGCUGAGAAACUCUCUUGCGUCCAAAGAGAUUUAAGCAACUUAAACACCGAACUAGAAAGAACAAAGAGAGAAGCCAUUAUGAGACAAGAACAAGAUCAAGAGAAAAUGGUUGACCUACAAGACAAUUUGUCCGCUCAACGACAACAAAAUGAAAGAGAUAGAUCCGUUUUCGAUAGAGAAAUAAAGGAUCUUACCAAACAGGUUACAGAUCUCCAUAAACAGAAAGAAAAUCUUCUAAAGGAAGCGGCAGAGCUUAAAGCCAAUCUCAAAAUGGUUGAAGAGGCGCGAGAUACCCUGAGAAGGGAAUUACUAGAUUCCAACAGGUCUAAUAGAGAAGGUGAAGAACAAAGAGAGCUUCUCAGAAAAGAUAUCUUGGAUCUUAAACGUUCUCUCACAGAGGAAAUACACGAAAAAGAAUCAAUUGAAAAGACAAGCCAGGAGCUUCGGGGUAAAGUUAAGGCAGUCGAAGGUGAGAAGACUGAAUUGAGCCGCGCUCUACAUGAACAAAAGCAAAAGAAUAAUAUGUUAGAUGAACAAAAGAUGUCUGUUGCUAAGGAGUCAUCUGAACUUCGUGCCAGCCUUAGAGAUGUUGAGAAGGCUCGCUUAGAAGGUCGUAGAGAACAACAAGAGCUUCGCAGACAAUUGAAACAAGCUGAUCAAGAGAGAAAUAAGCUGGUGAAAGACAUUGAAGAAUUGGAAAACAGAAUUUCCAGAAUGGAAGAACGCGAAGAAGAUCUACGUAGAGAAAGCUUCAACCUGAAGCAGAAAUUGGUCGAAACUGAAGCUGGUAGAGAAGCUCUUCGUAAGGAACUCUCACAGAGUCAAAGAAAGGGAGCAGAAUUAGAGGAUGAAUGGCGGGUUAAGCAAAAGGAUUAUGAAUUGGCCCUUGAGGAUGCCAGAAGAAACGAUAGAAAACAUGAGGAUCAACAACGUAAUUUGGAAAUAUCAUUAGAGAACGCAAAUGGUGAAUUGGCAGAGCUUCGUCUGAAAAUGUCUGCAUCAGAUGGAAGAGUCAACGCUCUUGAAGCUCAGCUAGCGCGAGUGGAAGGGGCAAAAAGAGAUGUAGAAUUCAAACUCUCUUCAAUCCACUCCAGUCUGAGGAGAACCAUCGGAUUCAGACAAGAAAUGCCUUCAAGACCAGGCAGCCCAUUCCGUAGAACUCGCUCCCCAAGUCCGAGAAGAAGAAAUAUGUCUCCUGUUCAUGCAACCACAACCGAAGGACGCGGUAGCCCUAUUCCAAGAACUGGUUCUCCUCGUCGCUCACCUUCCCAUUCACCUACAAGAUUCUCUGAUGAGAACUCGUUCAGCGUUGCCGAUAUCGACCCAGAAGCAGUUAGAACUAGUCUAAGACAAUUUGUCCAGACGCUAGCCAACACCGAACGUGAGAGGGAUGAUGCUAAUAUGCAACUUCGCUCUGCUGUUGAGCACCUGAAAGAGGUCGAAGAUGAACGCGAAAGAGCUGAGACCAGACUUCAACAACUCCAAAAGAGUAUUACCGACAUUGAAGAGGACAAGAGAGGAAUUGAUGGUAGACUUGUAUCGGCUCAGACUGCACUAAUGCUUCAAGAAGAAACUAUAAGACGUAUGGAAAGAGAAAGAAAAGCAACUGGCGAAAAAUUGAGCGCUGCUGAACGUCAAAUUAGCGCUUUGGAAAGCGAAAAGAACCAAUUGGAAGAUAAGUGUACCAAAACCAACAGAAAUGAGGCUCGCUUGGAUGAACAAGUAAAACAACUUAGAAUUGCCGUUGACGACGCAGAAAGUCGUGUAACUAAAGCCGAAUUAAUCAGAAGAGGGCUUGAAGGAGAUCUUCAGAGACAGAAAUUAGCUCUUAAUGACAAAGAAACCGAGGUUCAAGUCUUGAACGAAAGAGUUGAGAGCUUACAAAGACAAGUUGCUGAUGGUGACCAAAAGUCGCAAAGCUUACAAUUGACUGUCGAUAGGCUAAGUGGAGCUCUAGCCAGAACUGAACAAGAAGAAUCUGUUGUUAAGGAUAAGGUCCAAGAACUGAAUUCAUCUCUAAACGAAUCAACAGCUGCUUUGAAUGAGCUCCAGCAACGCUCUGCUCAAUUACAGAGAGCUUUAACAAGCUCUGAGCAUGAUAGACGAGCUCUACAAGAACGUUUAGAUGCUGCCAGAGCUGCUUUAACUGAUUCGAAGAAGCAAAAUGCCGCUCUUUUGGAAAGAAUCCAUAAUAUUCAACAAGAAUUGGGUGAUUCAGAACUACGAAGAGCUGAAUUAGAGAGCCAAAAUAGGCAACAACACACAGCUCUAGUACAAAGACAAGAGGCUGAACAAGAAUUGAAUCAGAAAUUAUCGAAAAUGACUGGAGAAAAACAAGGUCUAAGUGAAAGAGUCAUCAGUUUGCAAAGAACGCUUGCUUGUUCCGAGAAUGAAAAGAGAGAAGUAGAAAAAGCCUCCAUGCGCCUUGAGAAGGAUAAGAGCGCUCUGAAAAAGACCUUGGAUAAGGUGGAAAGAGAGAGAUUGAAGAAUGAUGAAUUCUUCUCGAGCGUUGCUAAUGAACGUCGUAGCUUGGAUAGAAGCGUUGCUAAACUAGAAGAAGACAAUAUUGAAUUACAAAAACAAAUUCAACAUUUGCAGUCGCAAGUUGCAGAAGCAGAACAACAGCAUGCUCAGCGUCUGAUCGAUUUGACUACACGCCAUAGAACCGAAACAGAAAUGGAAACCGAGCGUCUCCGUUCUGCCCAGUUGGCAUCUGAAAGAACUCUCGAAGCUAGAGAAAUGGCUCAUAGACAAAGAGUAAAAGGUCUCGAAGAACAAGUCGCAACCCUAAAAGAUCAACUAGCUCAAGAAUUGCGAAAGAGACAACAGUAUAUUUCCAGAUCGGAACGUAAAGCGGACGAAAUGGAUGAUCUUCGCCACAUUUUGGACAAGUCUUUGACGAGCGUAUCAAGGGAUCCAACCCUCGAUUCACUUCUGCUGGAACACGAGGCCAACAAGUUAGGAGCUUCUAUUGGAGUCUCACCAAAGAGACGUCAAAGAUCUCCAUUAAGAUUUCCACAACAUUCGCCUCCUGUUUCAAUGCGCACUUCAUCCCCUGUACGCAAAACGUACCGCAAGUAAAAUGAAAAGAAAUUAAAGCAGUAUUCUUAUAUCUCUGUGAUGUUCUGUCCGUCCGUCCGUUAGCGAGUUUAUUACGUUUUUUUUUUCCUUCAUUAUUUUUUCUUUUAGACAUAGGACUUAGGUGGAAUUUUUUUUUCCUGGGACAUCGUCUACAAAUUGGACAUAUAGUUUGCAGUGUUAUUUUUUUCGUUUGCAAAAGCAAGAAGUAAUAGUAUUAUUUAUAAAAAUGGAAUGUAGUCAAGCGUUCUGUGAUGAUCAGAUCUUGUUGAAAAAAAUCAAAACUAAUCUAAUAUUAUUUUUUUUGUGAUCGUUUGACUAGAAACAAUUUUUUUCCGAAUACACUUUUGAACUAGA